AUGGUUAACGACUUUGCGCGCCGCGGCCACGAGAGCCACCGACGCGGUUCGGUUUCAACACGGGGCUGGCAGAGAGGUCCAGCCGGAUAUCGAGACGGAGAUCGAGACGGAGACUGGGACAGAGCCCGCAACCGGGAUUGGGAGUGGGACAGGGAGAGAGAAGGGGAUUGGGAGCGAGAAAGAGAUUGGGAGCGAGAAAGAGGGCGAGAGAGAGGGCGUGAUAGAGAGCGAGAACAAGGUCUGCCGUUACUGAAUCGCGCUGCUGCAUUGUCGGCACAUACUGAUGGCCAAACAGGGUAUCCUCUCGCCGACCGUUACCGAGACAACAGCCGUCGUCGUCCUGACAAGCUCAACAUAUCUCUUGCUCCCGCAUCAAGCCCUAUCCUGUCGUCCCCAUCACGUCCUGCAGCCCCCAACAAGGCCCACCCCGUUUCUGGCCUGCCGAAGCCGUCGAAGUCUCCGAAGCUGCCCAAGUCGCCAUCCGGCCCGCCGAUGGAUCCUAUCGCCGAAGCCGAGAUCAAGCGGGUGACGCAGCUCCUAUGUGACCGAACUUUUUGGUUCAUGCAAAGAGAGCAGGUCACCAAGAGGUGGAAAAAGUUGCAGGAAGAUGCCGACCGCUGCAAGAAAAGCAUGUCCGACUUUGGAAGCGCCUACGAGGUCCUCGUGCGGCAGAGGGACAUGGCGGAGGAGGAGAAGAAUAAAUGCUGCGCGCGGAUCGAGGCUUGCGACAAGAAGCUACAAGCAGCAGUUCAUCACGCUUGGAGAAAGAGCCGUGGAAGCCUGGACGAUCGUGAAGCCGUCCAGCCUAGACCGCAUGCUACCCUCAAGGAGACGGAUCCUGCCGACAUCGAAUCGCGCAUUUCGGUGGUCAGAGACUCCCUCUGGCGGUCGUGUGUCGAUCAGAUCGAUGCCAAGUUCGCCGAGGCCGUCGGCCCAUCCAAGGCUAUGCCCGUGCCCCAAGUCGCGGGGAUCAAUCAGCAGCUUUCCAGCCUACGAGCCGAGCUUGCCGCUCAGAAAAUCCGAAACGAAAUUCUGGAGAAGAAGCUCGAGGAGCUGAGUGGCAGGUUCGAUUCGACACAGGUACAACGCAAGCGACGGCACCCAGAGGAGUCGCCGAUGACGGGGUCCAUGGGGUCGAUCGAUACGGACGGCCGGCUCGCCAAGCUGGAAGAGGUGACUUCUCGCCUCGUGAGCCGUCCCGACCUGCUCGUCGCCUUGCGGGACUUUGACGCCGUCGUCUCCGAAGACGAUUCAUUGCAGCACGAAGCGGCUGGCGUGAAGACAAGACAGAGGCUAUCGUCCCUUGCGAAAAUCGUCGACCGGCUUCAGUCUAGUCUCGAGAGCGACGACGAGAACAGCGCACCGCUACGUGUGCAGAACAUGAUGAGACGCAUCGAUGCGCACGUGCGGGACAUGCAGCAGCAAGCGGACCGGCAUAUGCAGGCCACCUCGGCCAUCGAGGCCUUGCAGGAAUCCGUCGCACAGCUGUCGGCCGAUGGCUCGACCGCGCGCAAGCCGGGGCAGCAGACGGCAUCCGCGCCCGCAUCCGCCACGGCGCCGUCGGACGAACACAUCCGUCGGGUGACGCAGUCGGUCCUCGGCGAUAUCCCCAAGAAAAUUGGUCUCUUUCUCGACAAGGAGAGGCACGCAAGAGAGGAGGUGGCGGCGAUGGCGAAGAGAAGCCAGGCGGACGUGUCGGCCAUUCAGGGGAACCUAGCCGCACUCUGGAAGGACGUCACCGGUUCCGGCAAAGAGCACGACGAGGAGAUUUCUCGACAGAAGAGCGAGCUGAACGCACAACUCCAACGCAUCGACGGGGUCGAGUCCGACCUACGAGCGACAAAAGUCGAAACGACGAGCAACGUCGACGAGCUCACGCUCAAGGUCCACAGCGUUGCGUCGUGGCAGCACAACUUCACGACGAAAGUGCUCUACAAGGACAUUGUCGAUCACAUCAACACGACGAUGCCAAACGGGAUAAUCGGCCAAAUCAACGGCAUGGUGACCAAGUUAGAGAACUUGGAAACCCAGCUCAAGGAUUUCGACAUGGGCCCUCUGAAGAGACGAAAGAUCAACCACGACAGCCCCGUCGUGGCCAACGGCCAUCCGUAA